CCUUCUUGACCUGUUCACUAAGGCUGCCAGGAAGUGCCCUCAGCUCAUGGAGAAGCGAGAGCAUCUCUUAAAAGACCAGUUUGCAGAGGGGGUCCACGAUGUUCUACUUCGAAAGUACUUGAAAAGUAAGCUUCGUGGUACACCUGGCAUCGACUUCUUUGCCUUGAGGACGGAAGCCAUCGAGUGGGCUGAGGAGAGUGAAGGGGCUGCCUCUUCUUCCAAUCCUGUGACCAUCAGUAGACAAUCUGCAAAAGAAGAACCGAGUGCCAGAUCAUUACUUGACAUCAUGGUCAAACAACAAGAGCAGAUCGAUCAUCAGCAGAAACAACUGGAUGAAUUGACUACCCUUGUCCAGCAAUUAGCCCAAGCCAAGCCCAAUAACUCUACUGGCAGACAGCAGACGAAGGUAACUUGUACAUUUUGUAGCAAGGCAGGACACACAGCAGAGAGGUGCUUCAAGCGACAACUCAAAGAAGCACAUGGUACGAUAGAAGAGUUGAGGAAAGCAACGAAAUCCCCUCCAAGUCAGGGAAACUAACUCCUCUCUCGGACCAGGGUCCCUUCGAAGAGAGGGAAACUACGGACCCUUUUUGUAGUUCUUGUUUUGCUGAGGCGAGUCCUUCCACCUCUAAUGUUGUUGGUAGUUGUCCCACACUCACACUUAGACUAGGGACUGUUGAGACAAAGUGUCUCCUUGACACAGGCUCAAUGGUUUCUACUGUAACU